CACGAUACCAACCAUCGGAAUCUCCCACGCCUCUCAAUCAACCUCUUUCAAAAUGGGCCUCGUCGACGCUAAGAACCAGGUGCCUCAGCACCAGCGAUUCUACCAGAACGCCUACAAGAACCACACCCGUGUGUGGAAGAUUAACCCCCGCAGCCGCGUCCUCCUCACUCCCUACCUCAUCCUUCUCUGGGGUACCUUUGGCGCCAGCGUCUACGGUGCCGGCCGCAAGGUCCUUGGCUACAACUCCUACUUCUAAGCGAUGGAGCUGGGCCGGCUUGUCCUAUAGCUUGCGAGACGAUGGGUGGCCAAUGUGACUAGUAGAGUGUGUCAAUAGAUGGAGAUGGACCCAAUAUGAUAUCCCC